AUGUCGAGCUCGAGGCCCAGCUCGCGCAGGGGAUCCAUUGACCCCGCGCGACUCCAGCCCAUGCACAAGGUGCACCAGUUGUCCGGCGUCGGAGACUUCAAUGUCGUCUUUGUUGGGGCCGGCAACAUCAUGUUUGGCUCGGACGAGGGCCCGUGGAACCACUCGUUCCGCUUCGAGCACAAGCUUGGGCCGCGCCUGAAGGUUGUCGCGAUCGUCGACCCCGCCGUCGAGCGCGCGCGGGCCGUGCUCGGUGAGAAGUGCGAGACGUUCGUGCGCAGCGCGUACGAGCACACGCAGGUGUUCCGGACGCUCGACGAGCUCGUGCAGAACAUGACGCCGAACAUGGCCCCGCGCGCGUUCGUCAUCGGCUCGCCUCCGAUGUUCCGCGGCACGACGCAGAGCGGACGCGAUAUUGAGCUGCAGAUCCUCAAAAACUUCCCCGGUGUCGCGCUCUUUAUCGAGAAGCCCGUUGCCACCGGCCCCAAGGAGGAGCUUGCCCAGGCGUUCAAGGUCGCCGAGGAGAUCAAGAGGAACGGUGCCAUCUGCUCUGUUGGUUACAUGCUCCGCUACCUCCGUGCAGUUCAGAUGAUGAAGCAGAUCAUCGCGGAUAACAACUUGACCGUCAUGGCCACGGUCGCACGGUACGCCGCCGCAUACGAAGCCAUCGCCAAGCUCGACUGGUGGGACAAGUCCAAGAGCGCCGGCCCGAUCAUCGAGCAGGGCACGCACUUCUGCGACCUCUCCCGCUACUUUGGCGGCGACGUCGACAUCUCAACCGUCGUCGCGCACUCGCUCGAGUGGGACGAGGAGGCGGGCAAGCUCUCGAAGCAGAAGAUCGACGAGGGCAAGAUCGCGCUCGAGAACCGCGUCUCGCGCGUCACAUCGGCGACCUGGAAGUACAGGAGCGGCGCGGUCGGCACCUUCACGCACCUGACGGCCCUCCAGGGACACGACUACAGCUGUGAGCUUGAGGUGUACGCUGACGGCUACCAGCUCAAGCUCGUAAACCCGUAUGUGGCACCUGUGCUUUAUGUCCGCAGGCCGGGCAGCGACCACGAGGAGGCACAUCAGUUCUCAGACGACGACCCUUUCUUUUCGGAAGUAUCUGUCCUCGUUGACAACAUUGAGGACAUUGAAGAAGAUCCUGAGACAGCGCAGAUUUUGUCCAACUUUGAGGAUGCCGUUAAGACGUACGAGCUCACGUGGGCCAUCCGCGAAGCCGCCGAACGCUCCCGAGCCGCGCGCAAGUAGGUCAAGAUCAAAGCAUCCUCGUUGUUAUCCAAGAAAUAGACUAUAGAACAUGCAAGAUGCGGAUAGGACUAGCUGUGUAAUGUAAUGGAUGGAUGGAAAUGUGCAAUGAGAUAUGAAAUCCGGAUGAGACGGUGCGUAUGUUUGGCUGUGGUGCAAAAGUAGCCGAGGUGCGGUAAGUAUCUUCAAAGCCCGUGUUUUCCAAAAUGUGUUUGGGAUGCCAAGUCUUCAGGCACCAGUCUCCGCGAGCUCGUCGUGUGGAGGAGACUCUGUCGUGCGCGUCCGCUUGCGGUCGGGUGCCGCGGCAGGCGACGACGGCCGCUUGCGGCUGGUGCCUUCGCCCUUGUCCUCUGUGCUCGCUCGGUCUACCGGCUCACUUUUCUGCUUAGCCGUCUCAGCAACCUUCAACGCGCGCUUCUUCGCCUCGCGCUUCCGUUGCCAAUACGGUCGCUCGCGCUUCGCGAGCUCGUCCCACUCCUUUUGGAGGUGCUCCUUGAGCUUCGGCAUCGUCUUGAACUCUUCAUCGCAGUGGAAGCAUUCAAGGUCGUGUUUCAGGAGCGGUUCGUACGUGCUCGGCUUGAGCUGGAUCCUCUGCGGAACGGAAGACAGACGUCGG